CAAUUCCUUGGGAGGCGCGUCCUCCUGCUGUUGUCAUAGCGACCACAGAACGCCUUCCCGGCGCUGAGGGCUGAAGCGAUGGCGGCGCUGCUGGGGGGCUCCGUGUCCCCCCGGGGACUGGCCCGCUCGGUGGCCCACAGGCUAAAGUAUUAUGUUGAUGUACAAAGAAAAGAAGAUUCCUUCGAUUCAUCUGGAAUCAUCCAUGAUGAGACUGAAAGUUUGCGUUUGCAUCCAGCAUUUUUGAUGAAGCAGAAGGAAAACCGGGAGCUGGAACAUAAUUUUGCUGAGAUUAAAUUGGAAGCAUCCUUACGUGCCUUUAUGGGGAGCACUGAAGAAUGCAACAGAAAAUUGCAGAAAAGCCCAGAAAAGCAAAAGGAUUUGGAAAAGCUUAUUAAAAAGAUGGCCCAAGAUUACAUACCUGAUAGAACAAACGAGGGCAAAGCAAAAAGUACAAAAAGGCAGGAAAAUCUGCAGAGCACACCCUCCAGACUACAUAUAACUACUACUCCAUGUAUGGCACCAGAAGUACGGAGACUCAUUUCAUCGGCUUCCAAGCUAAUCGUGGCUGCUACUUCUGAAGCCUCUCCGAGAGAAAUGGGAACAAUUCAAGAUGGCUUUUCAACCUCAAAGAGAAAAGAAGCAAAAAACAUUCAAAGUUUGGACAGUGGCAGCAAGGCAGGUCUUUCCUCCACACAUUCUCACAAAGAUGAAGCAAGAAGGGUUAAACGAAACGGCGAAGGGAAAAAAUGGAAAGAGGUGAAGAGAUCAUUUGAAACGUCAAGCACUUCCAACAACUCCAAGAAAUCUAACAGGCCUUUUUUGAAAAUUCCCCCUAAACCAAGUGAUAUAAGCUCAGAUGAUAGAAGGUCCAUAGCUCUAUGUUUGCAAACUGGACAAAACGAAGCAUUUAGGAAAGGUAUACUUAGAAGCAGAACCUCCUCAGCAGUGUCUGAACACCAAGAUAAGCAGUCAAAUGCUCGAUGGAAGAACUUUUCACCCACUCAGCAAUUUGCAGAGAAUUCUGCUGGACCUUCCAAUAAACCACUUAAAAUCAAAAGGCAAGAGUCAUCUCUCAGACCCACUGAAACAGUCCCAAAAGUUAAGAGCUCUCCAGCAAGCAAGUUUUUGAAUACAAGACCGAUCCAGAGUUCCAGGAGUAAUCGAGAAGAAAAAAGACGCAACACAAAGUAUUCUGCAAAAUCGACCGCUGAAGUGAUAAGUAACCAGAGUUUAAUGUCCAUAGAAAAGACUCAGAAGCAAUAUGAUCCCACGCCGAUUUCUGGGUGGUUUUUUAAAGGCCAAGGCAAUCAAAUACACAGCCAAGGUGAUCAGAAAAGCAAGCUUGUGGAAAACUCUGAAAGUGACUGGCCUCAAAAUGAGCAAAAGUGGUGUGUUUUAGUAUCAAGGAACCCUGAAGGCCGCCAGGUUCAUUUUCAAACACUUCAAGAGGAGUCCAUUCCUGGCACCGCUGCUUGGGAACAACCUUCUUUGGAAAGUUGUAGCCGGCAAAACCUAAGAAGCCCUGAAGAUGCAACUCAGUCAAUUGCCACCAAUAAAGUAUCCACUGGGAUUGUGGCAGGUCUUCAAGAGGAUCAGAACAAUGACCAUAUCCCCGUGGUCCAGCGUGAAUCGCAUUUUCUGUAUCAAGUGUGCCAGGAAAUGGAUGAAGAUGUACCACCAAGUUUAACUAUGAAUAGGUCUAUGACUACAGAUGGAAAUGUCAGAAACCAAAGUACACACCAUCUUUUAGACCAGCUCUUCUCUUCAGAGGAAGAAGGGGAGAGCUAUGCCAUUGAGGACCCUGCCAAUACCACACAGAUGCAGGAUGUUACUUUAGCAGAGUCCCGGGAUAAGCAAAUGAUGUCUCUCCCAUCAGUGACACCAGGUGCUUGCAGGUGUUCAGAACGACUGAGUUACUGUGUGUGUCAAGCUCCUGAAAAGCCAUGUCUGGGACCCCCUGUUAAAACCGCAACUAUUUUAGAAAGACUGGAAAGUGAGCAGUCGGAAGAAGAAUUCACCAUUUCAUCUGCCUCUAGCAGCCUGAGUGCCAGAUCAUUAACUGGCCUAUGUGAACAGAUGAGCAGAAACAGCAAGGAGGAAAACAACACUGACCCUAGCAUGGAACUUCUUGUUCAGAAACUUCGGAAGGUGAUGCCAGAAGAGACCACCACAUGUCAAGAUAGGUUCUGUCAAGAAAGCAAAAAGCCAAGUUCUCCCACUGAGAUGAGAAGAGACUUGGAUCAUGGAACUGAGGGUGCCUGCGUCAAUCAAAUAGUUUAUUUUUCGCACUUCCCCCAGUCGUUUUAGUGCAGAUCCCCAACUCCAAGAGGACCACGUUAAUUGUUGCCUCAUCUUUCUUCAUCAUAAAAAAGGCAUGGUAGCCAUCGCUCUUUUUUACUACUCUGCUUGCGAUUGUUUAAUGCAUUAAUUGCUAUGUUCAUGGAAAUCAAAUCAGUAGCAUUAAGAUCUCAAAUGCAUUUUUCUCCCAAUGCCUCUCCAAUUUCAGUGACUGUCUGCUCAGGCUGAUGCUUGCGUCAGGUAUGAAUAGAGUGCCGUUUUAUUUUUGUAAUCUCGACAGCUGAUAAAAUCACCCACCUGAAACGAAAAAAGCUGUUUCCACUGUGGGAAUCUUCUUAAAAGAUUGAAAGAACAACUGACCUCUAAACAAAAUCUGCCCAUAAUGUCCAUAGACUCUUGAAAUUGACGGGACUGAGCUCUGAUUUUUUAAGACAGUUUAAUCCCCAGUGUUGAAAGAUUUUGAAAUUGUCAUUUUAAGAAGAGCCCUGCUGGAUCAGAACAAAGGUCUGUAUAGUCCCAAUAACCAACAGAUGCCUCUCACGAAGACUGCAAGCAGGAGAUGAGCAGAACUCCCAACCAUUGUUUUCCAGCAACUUGUACUCGGAGGCAUGGUGCCUCUGAACCUGGAGCUUGCAGAUUGCCAUCACAUCUAGAAACCACUGACAACAUUACCCUUUAUGAAUCUCCCUCCCUUUUUAAAAACCAUCUAAAUGGAUGACUCUCAACAGUAUCAAAUCUGAUAGUUCAACAAUGCACUGUGUGAAGUUCUUCUUUUCAGACCAGUGGUUCUCAAGGGGUGUGGCAGGAAAGGAUGGCAAGUAUUGCAGGAAGAUUCAAGGACAAUCAAAGAAACAUUUAAACAUUUCAGAGUAUCAUAGUUGAAAACUAUUUUUUUGGAGGGGGGGAGGAUAUCUAUCCAUGUCUCUCUUCAAAAGCAUUGCCUAUUCUUCUAGUUCUUUACGACAUAUUGUUGUGAACAGGGUCUUCCGAAUAUUAAAGAUCAGAAAAGAGAAAGGCUUCCUUGUGUUGAGGAGAUGAAUUUGUCUCAAAUUAGACCCAAUAUCAAGGAGAUUACCCAGCAAAAGCAAGUUCACACCUCUGAGUUUGUAUACAUACUUAAGGUGACCAUCCAGGGGUCCUUUACCUUUUCUAAAAAAACAUACUUAAGGUACAUAUGUAAGAGGCUCAUUUAUAAUUAUAUUUUGGGAAUGAUUCAAGUUCUUAUGUAGCUGUGUUGUUUAAUAUCUUAUGAACGUCCCAUGGUCAUAUUAUAAAGUAAUUGUGUUGUAUGUUAUAAAUCAAGCACUGCUAGGAGUUGUUUCUUUUUGUUUUCCAAUGUAUUCCUUAUCAAUAAAAAAAUUGGUGUGGCACAA